UCUGCAUCGGACAGAGGAACGGUCGGCCAUCCCUCUCAGUCAGGAGGACCGCGCCGCUCUUUCAUCAUCCGUCCUUCUGCUCGGGCUUUUCGUUCCUCCAUAAGAAUGUCAGACGAGUCUGCCACCCCCUUCAUCCAUCCCUCCAUCUGUCAGAUGGUUCCCUUGCAGCCUGGCCAGUCAUUCAAGUUCACAGUCCUGGAAACUCUGGACCGUAUAAAGGAGGAAUUCCAGUUCCUCCAGGCUCAGUAUCACAGCCUGAAGCUGGAGUGUGAGAAGCUGGCCAGUGAGAAGACGGAGAUGCAGAGGCACUACAUCAUGGUGAGUUCGAUUGGGCCUUUAGCGGAGCCGUGUGCUAAUUGCUAG